AAAAAUGCGCGCUGGACCGUGAGAGUGCGCGUCAACAGCCUGAAAACACGUGUGUUCGUGUGAAGUGGCGCAAAGUUCCAGCUGUGUUUAAUGUUGCCAACCGAGAUUUCAGGAGGAGUGUGUUUCACCUCAAGCGAUCACACUGAGGGAAGAAGAGAAGGGAUGAAAACAGAAGAGAGUCAACAGUCCUGUUUGCAGCAGCCUCCAUCCUCAACGCCUUUUGGUGCGGACUUCAGGGGAGGGGGUGAGGUGUGCGCGGGCUGCGAAGCCCCCAUCGCCGACCGCUUCCUGCUGCGCGUGAACGAGCGCUCCUGGCACGAGACCUGCGUCAAGUGCGCCGUGUGUUUGAGCGCGCUCACGGGCACGUGCUACUGCAGAGACCGCCUACUGUACUGCAAGCACGACUAUGAGAAGCUGUUUGUAAGGAAGUGCAGCGCCUGCCUGCAGGUUAUCGGACGCUCUGAGCUGAUAAUGCGCGUGCUGGGCCAGGUAUACCACCUGGGCUGCUUCAGCUGCUGCGAGUGCGAACGGCGGCUGCAGAGAGGUGAUGAGUUUGUGCUGAAAGAAGGCCAGCUGCUCUGUCGCAUGGACUAUGAGAAGGAGAGGGAAAUGCUGGCUGCCAUCAGUCCCACCCCAACUGAAUCAGUGAAGAGUGAGGAUGAGGAUGGUGGAGGAGGAUCUGGCGGGGGAAAGGGCGGCGAUGAGGGCAAGGAGCACAAACGUUCAAAACGACCCCGGACCAUCUUGACCACACAGCAGCGUCGCGCUUUCAAAGCCUCCUUUGAGGUGUCUGCUAAGCCUUGUCGCAAGGUGAGGGAGACACUUGCUGCUGAGACAGGCCUGACAGUACGUGUGGUACAGGUGUGGUUUCAAAACCAGCGGGCCAAGAUGAAGAAGAUAGCUCGCCGACAGCAGCAGCAACAGCAACAGCAGCAGGAACAAGAGCAGCUGAGUGGAUCCAGGAGAGGGUCAAGCAGAGGGGGUCAGAGCAACGACGACAGCGAAGAUGGCUCUAGUACCCACGGGAUGGACGGGAUCCUGGGGUAUCCCUCUCUGCCGCGACAACAGCUGCUCACUCUGGAUCCCAACAUCUAUGGCGGGGAGCCGUUUCGACACGGGCUCACACCGCCUCAGCUCAACAACGAGCAGAUCCACUACGAUUCAGAGACGGUGUUCCACGACCUCGACAGCGACGGAAGCCUCGGCCACCUUGGCGACUGCCUCUUGGCAACAGCAGAGGGUGCUCUCCUGCAGGGGCGAGUGGGAAACCCCAUCGACCGCCUUUAUUCCAUGCAGAACUCAUACUCACCUCCUGACCCCUAUAAAUACUCACCCUGUACCCCUCCUUGUCCCCCUUCACCUCUCAGAGAUGCAGCUAAUGGAGUCUGUCCAUCAACACGCCUGAGGGACCACUCCCCUUCAAACAGCCUACAGCUGACCACACACUUCUCUAAGCUUGUAUCACUGGAAAAAAACCUUCAAACGGGGGCCGUAUUCAUAAUCUCAAUUUGUGGCCAAUUAGCAUAA